CCCGUUCUCAAAGCACAUCAGGUGGCGGGGCUCGACUUUUUAUCCUUCAUUAUCCCAACGUGUCGUUAAGAACUAUUAAACAUUAGUCCAAUAGUUUAGCAUAAACCAAUUGCUUUGCUUUAUUCUUCGUUGGCUACAUUUUAUUGCUUUACUUUGCUCUCAUCUCACUUAUAAAUUUAUUAUCCAACAGCUAGCUCUAACCUACCAUGGACGACCAAUUCAACGGACGCACAGAUGAUGAUCUGUUUGCGGACGAAUUCGAACCUGUGGUCACCCGAGAAAACGAGAUAGAGACGAAAAAUGAAUCGAGCGCUCCUCCGGUAGUCGAGGAUAGAUUACCGUCUGCGAAUUCCGAGCAACCUAACACAGUGGCAGUUCAACCUACUCCAACCCCUCAUAUACCUCGAUCUCUCAAUCAAUCGCGACAUGCGAAGCAGCCUCCGUCGUCCUCACAUCAUCAAUCGCGACCGCGCAAGCACUCACCGAAACCCGCAGCGGUAGAUUCGCAGCAGCAGCAGCAGCAGCAGGAACAACAACCGCAGCAACAGGAGUCUCCAGCUAAAAGUACCAGUAGUGGUGGUGGCGGGAGCGGGGGUAGCGACAAGAAAGCGCAAGCGGCUACCGUGAAGCUCGGGCAGAAUACGGCGCUCGCGGACCGGCUGGCGUCUGGCGCAAAUCCUCGUCAGAAGCUGACCGAGUCCGAGCUCGCGAGUAAGAUGGAACAGAUGCGAAUCCUAAAUGCAGAGAAGACGCGCCGGUUCGAGCAAGCUGAGCGCGACAGUCGCUCACACGCUCUCGCUUAUGAGAAAGGUAUGGAAGAGGCGCGGCGGCGUCGGGCCGAGGAAGCCGAGCGACGUCGUAGAGGCGAGGAGGAGAGGCGUCGUAUGGAUGACGAGCGCGCCGCAAAUCGCGAGCGGAAACUCAAGGCUAUGGGCGCCAAGGAAGGUGGCAGCUGGGACGAGGGUAAAAACCUUGAAGAAGAGAGAGAUAGAAGGGCUGGCUUCCGGAGCGCAAACGGUGGUAUUCGUGGCGCGCGUAACAAUGGCGGUAUAGCUGGGAGUAGAUUUGCGGAGAGGGAUAAUGACGCAAUCCCUAGGGAGUUUGGCCCCGACGAUUUUAGAGGAAGAGGGCGCGGUGGGCGCGGUAGAGGAGGUUCAACUAGAGGCGGUGGUAGAGGAGGUAGAGGAGGCUUUAACCAUGACGGCGAAAGGGGUGGCGCUUAUAAGACGUCAGGGACAACGGCGACACAAAACGGCAACAAACCCCAAUCGCAAAAAGCAGCACAAGCUCCUCCCACCGCAGAAGACUUUCCGGCUUUGCCAGCAGCCAAGAAGCUAGAUACGACGAACAACGCGAUAGCUGCGACGAAUUCUUCUGUCCCAUUACCUGAGCUUAAUUCGCCGGUUGGAAAAUGGGAUGAUGAGAUGGCCGCUCUGGACGCUAAGCCUGGGGCUUAAAGCGUCCCUUUUUAAGAGAGUGCGGUAUGAAGAAAAAAAAAGAGAAGAAAAAAAGAAACAGAAUGCCCAAUAGAGUGUACGCUAAGGAUAAUCUGCAGAGAUGGGAAGUUUGGAUUACAGGCUCGCGCAACACCGCCCAGGCAUAUGAGAAUUAGAG